CCUAACCGUGACUGGAAUAGCAUCAACUCCUGCCCAAAAACCUCGGGUGAUUUUGAAGAUUCCGGUGAAAUCACUUCGGAAAAACGAAAAUGGAAGCUGAUCGGUCUCUCGGAGGAAGAAUACGGAGGAAGCCGCUUGCAGAUUGCACCAACACGGUGGUCUCCAGAUUUCGUCGGCCGUCGUCUUCUUCUUUCUCCGUUACUGAUGUCAAAUCGGCGAAUCCAUCUCUCGCUUCAUCUCUUAAUAGGAUAAUUGAUAACACGACUAACAGAUCCAGUUUUGUCCCCGGAAGCGUUUCCCGGGGUCAGGUCACGGCCGUCGCAAACCCUAGCUCUGCCGAUCCAGCUUCUCCGACCACCACUCCAUCUCAUUCCCGUAAUUCUCGCUCUGUUCGAGACAUUGGUCACAAGGAGAUCGUUGAGCCUCAUUCGGUUUACACCAGAAGAAAGGAUUCUGUAAAGAGGAAGAGUAAAGAGAUCACUGCCUUGGAUCCAGUGGAUUGCCCUCUCACAAAUACAGUUUUCCGCUCUAGGGGGAAAACACACCGAGCAGAUGAAAACACGUCCAAACCCUUAACUACAGCUCGGGAAAAGAGGCAGCGUCAGGGAAAGCGCAACCGGGAUGGUGCACGGCAAACACUCCCGCAGGAGUUUAUCGAGCAACAGCGAGCUUACUUCGCUGAGAUUGACGCCUUUGAACUGCCAGAAGAGGAGGUAACUUCUACCAGCGACUUGGAGUAAAUUUUGAAUCAUUUACGGUAUAUAUCGACUUUUAAGGCACCAUAACCCUGUAGUACCACUGUAUAGCUACAAGUCUUCUCAACCCCCCGAAAAAACAAAAGAAAGUCAAACACCGGCAAAGUUUUGUCAACCCCCCUUUCUCCUGUUUAACUGGCCCUUAACCCAAACAGUUGUCCAGUUUUGUGAAUA